AUGCCCAGAGAAAAUUGCCGCUGCGGCCUGCCUCCAUCCUGCUUAGAAGUAAAGGCGCCGGGAGAGAAUAGAGGCCGUUGGUAUUGGAAGUGUUCAACAGGUACCUGCCGAUAUUUCAAAUGGGACAAUUCAGCCAUGCCCUUCAUUCGGCAUCCAACAGAAGCUUAUGCUGCUGCCAAUACACUAGGCAGUCUUUCAAGACGUCCAGCCUCAAUUCCAUACUACUACAGAACGCCCAGCAAAGAAAUCACACUAACACGUACCACUGUCAAAGUCGUGUUUAGUUUGGUCUCUGCAGACUGCAUCACUAUCAAGGCUCAAAAAAACCUGACAAUUGAUCCACUCAUCAAAAAGAUCAAUGGCGUGCAAUGGGACGAACAUCGUCAAUUGUGGACUAUUCCAACGUCCAUGCGGAUCUACAACGAUGCCAUGCGAUCGCUGCCAACAGAUCUGCCCAACAUCCAUCUCGACAUUGAGCCCAUUCCAAAGUCCUUGAUUGAGCUGUUGCACCCAGACGAAGCAGCAGAUGACCCUGAUAUUAUAAACGAACCAGAGCUCAAGUGGACUGAAUUCGUGGAAUCACCCAUGCGAUCUCGACUCAAUACAUUCCAGCGAGAAGCGGUACGAUUAGGCGUAGAGAGAAGAGGACGUAUUCUGAUGGGAAACGAGCAUGGUGUGGGUAUGAAGGAACAAGCACUUGCACUAGCUAAUGUCUAUGAGAACGAAGGCCCUGUGCUACUGACAUGUCCUGGUAUCUUAUGCAGCACGUGGAAGGAGGAAAUUCAGAAUUUCUUGGAUUUGGAGGACGACGAAGUGUGCAUUCUGGAUAAUGUGCUGAACGGGCUGUUUAGAGAAAAUCCAUUGGUGAUGAAGCGAAAGAGAGUGACGCCUACGCCAACAAAGAAGAGAUCAACAACACGAGUGAGACAGCCCUACCAAAAAAGAAUGAAGAUGCGCAUGGAGAACCCAGACUAUGAGAACAGCUCAUCAGACGACGAACAGGAAGCCGAAGGUGUGGGCAACAGCGACGUGUACGAGAUCUUGAACAGAAAACCUGUGAAAUACUACAUUGCAAGCCAUAAAAAGGUCUCCAACAACAAGACCAAGAUUGCAGAUCAGCGGUUUAAGGUUAUGAUUUGUGAUGCUGGCCAUUAUCUGAAAUCUAAAGACCAAAAUUUACCCAAGAAUCUGUGUGCGCUAUUAAAGAGGACCCCAAGAGCGAUUAUUCUAUCCGAUACAGCCAUCUUCUCAUUGCCCAUUGACCUCUACAUGCUGAUUGACAGCAUUGACGAGAAGCUGCACAAGGAUGUGGAGGCCUACACGCAGCGCUAUUGCAAUCCCAAAAGCACGGUGUUUGGUUGGACAGUCAAUGGUCGAUCCAAUGUGGAGGAAUUCAACUUUUUCAUGAAUAGAAAGAUUUGGUAUUGUCCCAGAGCCGUUGAUAUGAAGUCUGAAUACAGAGAUGCCAUUCGAGACAAGAUUGUCGCCACUAUCAAACCGCAAGCAAAGCGCGAAUUCCAUGUACAUUUCCUGGCAUUGCAAUCUGGAGAACAUGAGUUUGACGACUAUGUCAAGGAACACAACUUGCUCAAAUUGACAAACGACGCCAAAAAAGACGCCAUUUACGAUUUUAUGGAAUAUGUGUUUUUCACUUAUAAACGGCCCAAGAUUGCGAUAGCUUAUUUUGACGACACUACCUUGCUCCAUAUCAAGGAAUCCAUGGCAAAGAAAAAGAUGAAAUAUGUUGAAUUUAACAAUAUUCAAGAUUUAAGUGACAACGUGGACAGAUACAAUGCAAGUCGUACAGAGCAAUUUGUGUUUGUGAAUAUGAAAUUGGAUGAUCUCAACAUUUGCCUAAGUGCAGUGGAUAUCGUCGUGAUGAUUGAUUUGCCCACAACCAGAGAAAAGUUGCAAGAUGUCGAGUCGUAUUUCCAGUUUGCUGAUAGAAAGACACCACUGAUCAUCAAAUACUUGAUUGCUCCAGAAACACUCGACACCUAUCUGUGGCCAGCUAUCAUGCCAGAAGACCAAACAGCCCUACAGUACAAUAUGUAUGCAACUGAUGAUGACAAGUAUGAGGCAGAAGAUAUUUGGGAUGCCUCUCUUGAUGGUAAUGAUUUGCAAGAGUUGAUAAAAGUGGAGGCAUUGGCUAUUCCUGUUGAUAGUAGCAAGGCGGAGAAGGCUAUGAAAGAGGAGGCCAUGAAAGGCGAAGCCGUAAAGGCGAAACCGUAA